CUUUUCUUCUCUUCUAUCACAGAUUCAUGCCAUUAUUAUAUCCCACGUGGAGAUCCCUUCUCCAUCCCUCUGAAUUCCAAUGACUUGAGUUCGAAAGAAUUAACCUGGAAACACAAUGAUAAAGUUAUAUUAAAAAGAAAGAAUGGAAAGUUCAAACCAGGCAAGUCUGAGGACAUCUCCAAUGAUGGGUCUCUUCAGCUCAAAGACCUGAAGUUGGCAGAUAAAGGUACUUACAAAGCAGAGGUGUUCAACAGCGAUGGGACAAUUGUCACUGAGAAGUCCUUCAUACUGUGUGUGAUGGAAAAGGUCUCCAAGCCCUCAGUGAAAAUAACCUGUUCUAAUAAGGACAUCAUCUUUACCUGUACCUUGACCAACAUUGAGGGAGUGACUUUCCAGUGGAACCAGAACGGAAAUCCCAUAGAUAAGAAAACAGAGCCAAAUUUGACCAUCCCUCUGAAACCACAGAAAAAGCCAGACACCUUCACCUGCUCUGCAGUCAACAAGGUCAGCAAGGAGACAAGUGACGCCAUCAAGCCAAUAUGCAACGCUGUCUCAGACUCAGGAGGUCAUGGUUUACUGUUUGGUUUUGAUUUCUUGACCAUGGUGUGCAUCCUGGCCGGGGGAGGGGGCUUGGUACUCCUCCUCAUCAUCAUCACCUUGGUGUGCUGCUUCCGCAGCCGACGCAAGAGCCAGAUGCGCUUUGAAGAGGAAAGAGAGUUGAGACUAGACCCCCUGACCAAGGCCCAGCAUCCUUACCAACAAGCAGGCCAGACAAAGCAUCCUUCAGACCCAGAGGGCCCUUAAUUGGCACUGUCAGGUCUACUCCUGCUCCUCCCCUCUGGUGUUCGACGUCGCCAGAAUACAAACCAUCGGUCCUGGGAUUCAUCAUUAUGCACACCUGGCAUCCAUCAUUAAGCACACCUGCAGAUCCUUAUGAUUCACACCUGGACGCCAUUUCUUCCUUAUUACCUCCCCUUUAUCUGUCUCUCCCUUACGUUCAUUCCUCAGUCGGUAUUGUUCCUGUGUUCAUGCCGCUGUUUCGUUUCAUAUUUGUUGUUUUGUUUCAUAUUUGUUGUUUUAUUAAACGUUUCA